AUGGGUUCUCCUAAUUCUAACACUUUACCUAUUAUCUUGGUUAGUGCUAAAGACCAAGAUUCAGCGAAUACAGUAAUAGCGGAAGUUAUUAGUACACCAGAUGUACCUGUCAGUAAGAAGUCUGAAAGUAAUCAUAACCAUAUAUGGAGGCUUGUCAACAAAUAUUACUCGGCUGAUGUGCAACUUCUUGCGUUAGCAGAUGGGGAGGCAUUGAAGUCACAACAAGAAGAUCUUAUUGAAGGCCACAUUGUUUUCCUUACAGAAGCUGAGGCAUCAAGUGAUUCUGUCAUUGAAGUGAUGAAGCAGCGCAUGCAUAAUGGCAAAGCUGCUAAUGUACGAGUAGUCGUGACAGAGAAUGAGUUUGAAGAUAGUGCAUUGGUUGCCAUUGCUGCCACAUGCCACUAUGAAUUGAUUCCUUUACAUGCCACUGCUGAUCCUGAUGCUGGCGAAGCCGCUGGACCUGAGCGCAUAAAAGCAGCUUUCCAUGCACAUGUAUGGCCUGGCAUGCAACCCUUUAAUUGCCUACCUCUGACAUUAGGAGAUAACGAUGACAGCGACUCAGAUUCAUGGUCGUCAUGGCAGGGAGCUGAUGAAGUUUUAGACGAUAACGAGAGCAAUGAACGCUGGGUAGAAAGAGCAGAAGCGUUUGCGGCCGCGUUAGGCUCGCUACCGCAGGCGGCGGCCGCGGUGCGGGCGGAACGCGGGGACCGAGCGGUGCGUUUAGCGCGCGCAGAACUAGUCCUGGCAGCAUUCUGCGAUGCGUUAGGCGAGCCGUUGCAUCUGCCACAAGACCGAAUAGAUCGGGAAUUGUAA